CCCACUAGAGUAAGCCUAAGGAUCACGGGCUGCAAAGUACAAGGGCCAAAUUGGCAACCAACGGACGGCUAAUCUUCUUACCAAAUAAUUUCUGUGGAUACUAAAGUAAACGACUCUCUCUCUCUCUGCAGCAACCAAGAGGUGAAAAAUGGCUUCAAUUACUUCUAUUACAACCCCAACUCCCUCACUGAUCCUCCAAGGAAGAAAAACCCUUUUCAGACCACUUCAACAAGUACAAGUUUCUGCUACUGGAGGAAAACGAAGAUCUAUUGCAUUUGUUGUUAAGGCUACACGGGAAAGCUCUGAUUCCUCCCCGAGUAUUGUAGAAUUUGUACAAAAUGCUUGGAUCAACUCAGAAGAUCGAAUUGCUAUUGUUGGUUUGGGAUUUGCAGGAGUUGUAGGUUUAUGGGCAUCAGCUAAUGUUGUCUCGGCCGUUGACAAGAUUCCUAUUCUCCCAAGUACACUGGAAUUCAUCGGGAUAUUAUUUUCUUGGUGGUUCACCUAUCGAUAUCUCUUGUUCAAGCCUGACAGGGAAGAGCUUUCACAAAUCGUCAAAAAAUCAAUUUUAGAAGUGUUAGGGCAGUGACAAUGUGCAACAGUUAAGCCAGCUACAUGAAAAUAUUGAAGAGAAUGACUGAUGCUUCCCAAUGAGUUUAGUGCCCGGUUUCUUUCUGUAUCAUGUUACUGUUAUUGGCCAUGCUAAUGUGAUAAGCAUAAAGAGAGCUUCUGUUCAACGCUGCAUGUCAUCAGUUGUAUUAUUUUGUUUAUAAUAUUGCCUAUACCAGGUCUUAGUAAAGCAGCUUCUUGUGAAUAGUGAUUGCAUGAAGUGAUGCUUACUGGAGGGCUUAUGAA